AUGUUUCCUUAAUAGAUUUUGAUUUAGUUACCUCAACAUCAAAUGGAGAUUGUAGUCUAAGUUAAAAUAGGAUCUGGAACUCAAGGUAGUGUAUAUUAAGGUUUUAUCAAAACACUUAAUCAACAAGUGGCUAUAAAAGUAUUGAAGGAAUUAAAUCCAAGAGAAGAGAAAAUAUUAUAAUCAAUUAAGCAGCAUAAACCAAAACAUAUCAUAAGAAUUUAUGCUAUUGAAAAACUAAAGAAUCAAGUUUAUAUCGUAAUGGAAUUGGCAGAGAUGGAUUUUUUUAAGUUUAUGAAUACAAAUCAAUUUAGCACAUAUGAUAUAGACGAAAAAAGCGAAUUAUUUUUAUAAAUGGUUCAAGGUGUUUAAGAAUUUCAUUAAAUAGGCUACUUUCAUAGAGAUUUAAAACCAGAAAACUUUGUUUGCUGUCGUGAUAUAAGAUAGAAUUUAACUAUUAAAUUAAUAGAUUUUGGCUGCUCCAAAGAAUAAUCAGAUAUUGGGAGACAAACAUUAUAAGUUGGAACUCCUUAUUAUAUGGCAAGAGAUGUUCUUAAUUCUACCAACUAUACAAAAGAGAUUGAUAUUUGGGCUAUGGGAGCUAUCUGGUAUGAAAUGAUCACAUUAUAAACCUUUUUUUAAGGUAUUAAUGAAAGAAAUAUCUAUUACUAAAUCUCCACAAUUUAGACUGAUUAAAUAGAUUAAAAAAUUGAUAAACUUGAUAAAUGCUAGGUAGAAUUUAGGGAAAUUAUGAAAUAAAUGAUUUGCAUAGAUCAUCAAAAAAGAAUUUAGUUGGACGAUGCAAUUGAAAAAAUAACUCAAACUCUCUAAAAAAUAAAAUUCUAAAAAAUGGAAGCCAAAAUAAAAAUACAGUUAGAAAAAGAAUUUUAAGAAAAGGAGCAGCAAAUCAUUUAUCAGAAUUAAAUGAAAUAUGAAAAUCUUUAUCGACAAAAGAAACUAGAUGACGAAAAUUAAUGUAAACAACUAAUGGAAUAACAUCAACAUUUAUACGAAUAGAAAAUAAUUGAAAAGGAAAAUGAAUUAAGAAAAAUUCUAGAAUAAAAACAAUAAGCAUCAGAUUAGAAUCAGAAAAAUUAUGAAGUUUAAAAAUUAGAAUAAACAUUAUAAUUUUAAUCUUAACUGAAUUCAUAUAAACUUGAAAUUGAACAGAAAUAUUAAUAAGAAAUGAAAUAAGAAAUGUAAUUACUGUAAAAUAAGUCAAAAGAAAGUUUACUUUAUAUUAAAUAAAAGGAGGAUGAAGAAAAUAAGAAAUUAAUAAACGAAGAAUUCUAGAAAUAAUACUAAUUAGAAUUAAGUAAGAAAUAGUAAGAGUAUUAAAUACAAUUUUAAAAUUAGUACAUAUAGGAAGAACUUAACAGUAAGAAAAAAUAAUUAAAUUAUUUUAUUAAUUUAUUAUAGAAUGCGAUUUAAAAUCAUAUAUCAUCUGUGAAUUAAUAAAGGUCAGAAAUAGAUAGUUAUGAAUUUAAUAAUUCAGAUAAAUAAUAUAUCAUAAAUUAAAUAUAGAAUUUUAUAAGCUAAAAGUAGAAUCAAUUAUAUUAAAUAAGUGAGCAUAUCAGUAAUUUAGAUAUAAAGAAUGAGUAUUAAUAACUUUAAUUUCUGAUAGAACUUGAAUCCAAAUAUAAAAAUGAAUUUUAAAUACAUAUUUAGGAAAAUCAAAUGAUUCAAUAACAAAUUUAAUCUUUUCUGAUUUCGUUUGUUAAAGAUUAGUAAAAAAACAUUUUAUUGGAAAAGUAGGAGAAAGAAGAAAAAGAAAUUCAAUAAGAAAUGAACGAUUAAGUCGCAAAAUAUUAAAACCUCGAUAAGAAAUUCGAUGAAUAAUAAAUGGAAAUUCAUAACAUUCAAGUAAUAUGUGAAAAAUUAUCAAUUUUUAAUUACACUGUAACUAAUUAAUUCAAAUAAUUAAAGUUUCAUGCAGAUACUAUUGCUGCAUCGGUUAAUUAACUUAGAAUAUACUAUUCCUCAAAAGAAAAUAAAGUUUCUAGAGAUUUAAUCAACUAUUUACAAAUUUAAAAGUUACAAAUUGACAAAUCAAUAGAUAAGCUGUAAGAUGAUAUUUUAUAAAUGAAAAAUAAUCUUUCAAUUUAAGAAGAGGAGUUAAAAUACGAAAUGAAAAAUGAUAUGUAAAAAAUUUAAGAUCAAACAAAAAAUAUAGAAUUCAAAAUUCAGUAUAAAAAAAAAGUAAAUGAUGAAUAAAAUGAAAAUAAUUUAAAUUUAUUAUAAUAGAGAUUAUUCAAUAUUAGAUAACUAAUUAAUUAAUUAAAUACGAUUAGUUAAACUGAUAUUCCUUAUUCAAAUAUAAAAGAAUACAUGGAAAUUAAAUCAAAAUAUGUAGAGGAGGAGAAAAAUUUUACAGAUUUAUCAAAUAAGUUAGAAGAAUAACAAUAGAGAUAAAAAUAGAUCAAGAUAAUCAAAACAAAAUAAUCAAUCUUAAAUAUGCAAAUAAAAUUGAAAUCAAAUCAAUUUUAGGAAUCAAUUUAUGAUCUUAAAAAUUAAUUAAGUUAAAUGGAAUAAAAUUGUAAAUAAAUCGAUAAUACUUAAAUUAAAAAUGAUCUAGAAAAAAAGUAAACUGAAUUAAAUAAUUUAAAAGGAUUAGCUAAAUAAAAAUACGAUUAAAUAAUAUAAAAAACAGAAUAAGACAUGGUUUUUUACUAAACCAUUGAAUCUCUAUAAGAAGAGGCAAAUAGUAUUUAGAUAGAAUUAGAAAAUAAGAAAAAUGAAUAAAGCAACCAAAUUGCACAGUUGCAGGAUUUAUUUUAACAGAUUCUAAAAUAAUGCCAAUCUGAAAUAAAUAUACAAUUUUAGAAUAUCAAAGAUGAGUUGUAAUAAUUGAGUUAAGAUUUUAAUCAAAAAUAAAUAGUUUUUAUGAAUUUUGAUAUUUAAAAUUACAAUUAUUAGCAUAUAAUUGAAAAACACUAAUUAAAGCAAGACGAGUUUCAAGAAUUAAUGAAUAAUAAGAUGAAAAAUUCUUAUAAAAUAUUAAAAUAAAAUAUGGAAUUAAUUAAAAAUAGAUAGAAUGUUAAAAAGCAUGAAAAAUUUAAAAAAAUUGAAACUGAAAUUUAUAAGAAAAGUGAAGAAAAUUUUCAACAUCUGGAUAAAUAAAUUAAAGAGAUUGAGUCAUUCUAUUAAAAAGUAGAAUUUUUCGAUUUAGAAAGUGAAAAUGAAAAAUAAAAAGAUUGGAAUUUAAAAUAAAUAUCAAUAAUUGAAAUGAAUAAAAGAUUUUGUGGGCUUCGUGGGUAGAUUUAAGGGAUGCAAAAAUCUUAUUAAGAAGAAAUAACCACUUUACAAAUGGAAUUUAAAGAACUGAAAGAAUAAGUUUGCUUUCUAACUAAAGAAAUUCCUUCAAACGAUUAAAUUAAAGAAUUUCAAGAAAGGUUUCACAAUAAUGAUUAAUCAUUUCUAAUCCUUAUUUUUCUUACCAUUCUGAUCAAAGCUUUUGUUCUUAAAAAAUAUGUGAUUAGACUAUAAGAUUUCAAAGAAAAAUAAAAUAAAAUUAACAUUUAAGCUAAACCAGUACAUAUAGAUUUUAGAGAAAAAUUAACAAAUUUGAUAGAAGCUAAUUAAAUAAUAUAAAAAUAUGAAUCAUUUCUAAAAUGCAAAAGAACAGUUGUCUUGAGGGAAGAACUGAUUGAAGAUGAAAAGAAAAUUGAGAAAUAGAUUUAAGAGAUAUAUAACUAUGUAAAGACUGUAAACACUGUUAAAUUAAGAAGAUAUAUCAAGAAUUAAUAAGUAAUUAAAACUAUAACUGACAAUUAUUUCGAAAAUUUAGAACAUUGUAAACUAGAGAUAUUUAAUAAAUUGAAGCAUCCAAAAAACACUUGA